AUGGGGGGCCCACCAGUGGUGUACACUCUACUCGUCAUGCUCGCCAUAUUCGCCAUUCGUCAAGUGGUGGCUAAGAUCCAAUUCAAGCGGAAAUACAAGCUGCCUCCAACGAUUCCUGGAUGGCCCAUCGUUGGGAAUACAUUGAAUAUGCCAAUUCCGUCUGGUAUGUGGGGACACGAGAUGGCCAUGAAAUAUGGUGAAAUGUACACAUGCAACCUAGCUGGAAGGCUCUGGGUCUACAUUAACUCAUCCCGAGUCGUCAAUGAUCUGAUGGAGAAACGGGCGGCCAUCUACUCGGCUCGUCCUAAUCGGCCCCUGGCCCAGGACCUGCUAAGCGGUGGCCGACGCAUUCUCUUGAUGUCGACGACGGAGAGAUGGAAGCUCCAACGCAAGGUCAUGCAUUCAGUGCUGAAUGGACCGAAUGCCAACAAGACCUUCAUGCCUUACCAGGAGCUUGAGUCGAAACAGCUAGUAGUUGACUACUUGGAAAAUCCCGACAAGUUCUACGUGGCCAAUCAACGCUUCUCCAACUCGGUCAUCAUGAGCGUCACGUUUGGCCGACGGGCCAAGCUGGACGACAAGCAGCUGCGGAGGAUCAUGACCCAGAUGGAGGAAUUUGCACAGAUCUUCUUCGACCCUUUGAAAAGUCUUCCUGACAUAUUCCCGAUUAUGGCGCGUUUCCCGAAGUUCAUGCAGUGGUGGAGACCGUGGGGAGAAGACUAUUACCGACGCACUGUUGAAACUUAUCAGAUCGAAGUCGAUAACCUGAUGAAAAAGAUGGAGGCAGGCACGGCUCGGCCUUGUUUCGCCCUGGAUGUGAUUCAAGGCUCCGAGAAGAAGCAGUUCCAAAUGGAUCACGAAGAGAAGCUGUUCGUUUAUGCUACCCUUCUAGAAGCUGGCAGCGACACAUCUCGCACGGCCAUCACCCAGAUGGUCGCGGCCGCAGCUCUCUACCCCGAGUGGGUGAAGAAAGCACAAGGACUCCUCGACGAAGUCUGCGGCGCGAACGCGGAACGCCUACCCACCUUCGCCGACAAGGAGGCGCUACCCUACAUCUCAGCUGCAACCAAGGAGACAUUGAGAUGGCGCCCUUUUAUCCAGAGCGGAGUCCCGCACGAACUGACGCAGGACGACGAGUACGAGGGCUACAAGUUCCCCAAGGGAACACAGGUGACAUGGAACGCAAUGGCUAUCGCUUUGAAUGAGGACGACUACUACCAGGCGCAUGACUUCAUUCCAGAACGCUUCUUGAACGAGGACUUAAAAUUCCCGUUGAAAGGAACAUGGGGGUUUGGAACAGGCCGAAGAGUUUGCAUCGGCUACACCGUCGGCUUCAAUAACGUGUGGCUAGCCACGGCCUGCUUGCUGUACUGCUUCAACUUUGAACAAUAUCCUGACUCCCCCAUCGACUCGUACAACACCACUUGGGAAGCUUAUAACCACUCACCCUUCAGGCUGAAGGUCACGCCCCGAAGCCCGGCUCAUGUUGAGUUGAUCAAGAGGAUGGGGGCGGAGGCUGCCGCGGAAGAUUAUUGA